AGGGGAACUGGCAGCUAUUACAGAGGAUAUAUUAAACCACCUGAGAGAUUUAUUAGUACCCACCUGUCAGGGGGACUCAGGGUGCUAUAUCAAAAGCUUGAAGAAAAAAACAAGGCUUGUGUAAGGAAGAAACUCUACUGCUCAGAGCGGCUACAAUACCAAAAGGUUUAGUAUGAUUCUACUGUGCUGCCAAUUUCACUGCCAUUCUCCUAAGAUCUAUUGAGUUAACAGGGAGACUCAUCAUCGGCUGAUUCAUUUACUGGGUGUAUUUUGGUACAUAUUACUUGUACAACUCUUUACACUUAUUUGAAAAGAGGCAAACAAUAAAAAAAGUAUUUGAAUGUGCAAAUAAGUCAAACCUCUCAAUAGAAGACUAGGAAAAAUCUUUUCCAUUAUGGGGGAAAUCAAGUGUGGAAUUUUUCUUGCAUACUGUACAGACGCCAGACAAGUCAUGUUUCAAUCUAAUCCCAAAGAAUAAGUGGAUGAUAGAUUUUUUUUUUUUUUUUAUUUUGAUCAUGAGGACAGUUGAUAUAUUAUUGCACAUCAGCCCAUGACUCUGCAGCCUAGUUUUGAUUUGCUUUAUGUAAAAAUCAACAUGGGAGAACCAGAAUGUGUACACAGACUAGCUGUGUUGACAUUUUUAUUUAAUUUUUUUUCUUUUUUUGCUCCAGUACUAGCAUCACAGACUGGCAAAGAUGGCAAAUUCAAGCCUUGUUAUCCAGGUAACUUCUCUGUUUCAGUUCAGUAGCUGCAUCAAUUACACUGAAGAUUUCCAAUCACUAUAUAAAAGCAUCAGUUUCUGUAAAGCUUGAAUUCAAAAUCUAAAAACAGUGAAUUAAAAAGGUUUUUAAGUAUGUAUAGCUUGAACUAAAGAAAAUAAUAUGAUACAAAAAUAAAUUGUUAUGGCAAAAUGUAUCAAAUGAAUACAUUUUUUUUCAAUUUUAAUUGCUAUUGAUUUCUUCUUUAUAAUUUUCUUUCUGGUAGUUCCAUUACUUGCUGGAAGAUACAAAUUUAUUCAAGUUAUUGGUGAAGGGGAAUCAUCGCUCUUGAUUUCAGCAGAGGUAAGGCAUACAAAAUACACAUACAGACUGGAAAUUAUGGUUUUUAAUUACUGUAACUGUCUCUGGAAAAUACCAGUACCUCCUGUUAUACCUGUCAACUUUAUACCUACAUUUAUAUGAAUUUUUUUUUCCAAAGUGUUGUAAAACAUCAUUUUUGAAGAACCUAUUAAUUACUUUCAGCAUAUGGUUAAAAACUUGCCUCUUAACCCUUCAACUCCUAGAAAUGAUCAAAAAGUAACUUCUCCCUUCAAUAUCUUUACAUUAUAUAGCAAACAGGUAAUGAGAUACUCAAACUGAUCAGGAAGAAGUUGUUGUCUCGAUCUAACACCAAAUUCUAGUAAUAGUUUAAUAGAAAAGAUGCAGCAACUAGAGGGGAGAAUUAACAAUCUGAUCUAAGGAGUUAAAUGGGAAAAGACAUUCAAAGGUGUUUGAAAUGCAAUUCAGAGGUGUAUCAUAUGUUUCAAUUAAGAUAACCUCUUCCACAGCUGCAAAGGCCCAUAUUCUUUCUAGAAACAGACCAAAACAUUUGAAACCCAAGGGGCUGUGUUGCUUAAUUCCAAUCUCAGCUUCUAUUACAGACAAUAUUUUGUGAUGAAACUUAUUUUGUGAUUGGAUAAAAACUGUUCAGUUCACUCAGUAUGCUUGUAUAUUUAUCAAAGCUAACAUUCAUGUAAUUUUCUUUGUAAAGGAUACAUACCAUUUUGAAAAGAAGCAAGUUGCUAUAAAAAUAUUGAAUUUGGAUUAUUCCAGACUUGGAGCUCAGGUACACUGUAUCUGUCUAUAGAGUUUAAUAUGCAUGCAGCUGUAAGUGAUAAGGUACAUUUCAGACAAGCAAGCUACAAAUGAAUCUGUUAUUUGCAGAGCUGAGAGUGCUACUGAAACUGUAACUGCUGAAAAGAGCUUGCAUGCAAGCAUGUGUACCUUGACAUGAAGUGUACAUUGUCAGUGGAAAUUGUUCAAGAUGAAGAGUGCAUGUACAUGCAAAUAUCUUUGGGCUAAUUUCUUACAAGGUAAAUUAGAUUAACUUACUAUCCACUUUGUAUUACAUGAGUUUACUUUUUAUUUAAAAAACUGUUGUAGGAGGCAGAUUGCAUUCAACAGCUCAACAAGGCUGAUCCUCUCCAUGUUUCCAGAACUGUCCAGUUGUUUGUAAGUCAUGAAUGUACGAUCCCUUUUGAGUACUGAAUCACAUGAAACGAAAUAUCUGUAUGUUGUUAAAUAGGACUGAUUUUAUACAGACACUGUAAGUAUCACUCCACCUUUUUGAUACCAUAUGAAAAUCAUGAAAAGAGAAGAAACUGACCCUACUGAAGGACAAAAAUGAUGUAAUUACUCAACAGUAUUAAACACCACUGGCCUUAACUGACAAGGCAAUUCGACCAAUUAUCUUGGAUUGAGAAUGGUGAAUGCUUUGCCUUUCAUCCAUCAACUUGACAGAGUGGUGCAAACUAGGUUUUUUGCAUGUCAACACUUAGUUGGCAGUAUCAAACAUGCAUGAAAAAUUAUAAUUGUAAUUUACUUGUAUGCAGUUACAGCUUUUCUUGUAAAACACCGCAGUCUUAAUAUUAUGAUUUCCAAUUGGUUCUUUGUUUUACAAUAAUUGUAACAUAGCACCGAUAUAUUUGGUACAUGAGUACAAGAAUGUAUUCUAUCUAGAGGACCACAGUUCACUGACCUUGCAUUUUUGCCAAUUUGACAUAUUUGCUUGUGGAUUUUUAGAAUGUUUUCAGUUUUGAGGGCCAUUACUGCUUGGUUUUUGAGCUGUUGAGACCUCGGCCACUCCAUCAAUACUUUCAG